CGCCAAUAUCUUUUAUGUCUAUUUGAUUGAUUAUUUGCCCACUUAUAAAUUAUAUUCGUUUCAAAUGUUGUAAUUGUUUCUUCUUAAAAUUUUAAAAGGCUUAAUAGGACGUAAUUGUUCUUUGUAUAUUAUUAGCUAUACGGCACCAAUAAACUUGAGUAAUUCUCAUUGAGCUCAAUACCCUACAACAAAGAGGGCAAGUUUCUGCACUGCAAUUAAUUCCCCCUUUUGAUUGUGCUCGUUGUCCAAUCAAUAGCCAGCAAAAAGUGUACAAUUCAUGGCAGAGGCGAGGCGACAUGCACGGAAUAAUUAUCCCGAAUUUAACGCAAAUCAGUGUUAAACUGGCAUAACCCCCUCUUUACAGCGUAAGACAUCCAUAUACAUAUCAUGCAAUUGCUCCAUCCAUCCAUCUAAUUCGAUGCAUUUGCUAUAGUUAAGAUGCCUCCUAAGUUCGAUCCCUCCGAAGUUAAGAUCAUCUACCUCCGUGCUACUGGUGGUGAAGUUGGUGCCUCUUCAGCACUUGCUCCCAAGAUCGGUCCCCUUGGUUUGUCUCCCAAGAAGGUUGGUGAAGAUAUUGCUAAGGGUACUAAGGACUGGAAGGGCCUUCGUGUCACUGUUCAAUUGACGAUCCAAAACCGUCAAGCUCAAGUUUCCGUUGUUCCUUCUGCCUCUUCUUUGGUCAUCAAGGCUCUCAAGGAGCCCGUCCGUGAUCGUAAGAAGGAAAAGAACAUCAAGCACAGCGGUAACAUCUCCUUGGAAGAUGUUAUUGAAAUUGCCCGUACCAUGCGUUUCAAAUCUUUGGCUCGUGAACUCUCUGGUACUGUCAAGGAAAUCCUCGGUACCGCUUUCUCUGUCGGUUGUACCGUUGACGGUCAAAAUCCUAAAGAUCUUUGUGCCGCCAUUGAUGCUGGUGAAGUUGAAAUUCCCGUAAGUAUUUUGAAUAAGCUGCUGCUGUUUAUCCGUUUAGAAGUGCUGUCACUAACUUUGAUCUCUUUUUCUUUUGAAUUGCAGGAAAAAUAA